AUGUCGGGCGAUGAGGGAGACAAUCUGGUGGUUCCGAAAUUUGGGUCGUUCAAAUCACAGUCGACACAGGAGAAGUCCAAGCCGCGAGAUGCAAGCCAGAAGAGAGACUCGCGUGGCGAACGGAAGAAGCGCUCUCACGAUGACAGGCACGAGCGCCAUGGUCGAGACGGCAGCAGAGAGUCCAAGCGACGAAGAGAGCGCCCUCGGUCCCGUGAGCGCGAACGUCGCACAGAGAGCAAAUCCGCAGAGGUGAAGUCGACCGCGCGCGACUCGGGGCCAGAACUGUUCAUACUCGACACAAAGGGCGACCCGCUAAUACGAAGAUAUGGGACACUGGACAGGUCGCAGGUACCUGCCUACUAUCGCCAUGGCCGCGGACGAGUCUUGGGGACUUCUGGUCGGUUGUUCAUCCAUCGCGAUGGUCCCAACGAAUCUUUUAGUCUUCGCAUGCCCGGGGAGGGCCUGCCCCGCUACAGAGAUCGAGACGGGCUCCGCGCUAAGCGACCACUCGCUCAUUCACAGCCUAUUUCGCUGAGAAGGAGGCGAGUAGCACCAGUAGGAGAAAAUGACGAAGAUGAGGGAUUCUUGUCGUUGAGGAGCUCUAAGAAGCAGAAAGAAAAAGAGGACUCGUCCGAUGACGAAGCAGAGCAGUCGUAUCGAUCGAUAGAGGGCAAGGCCAAACCGAAAGCAUACGACAGCGACAUGGACUCAGACACGGACAGCUCUGACGAGGGGGAUGAUACAGAGGCCAGCAAUCCGAUGAAGUGGAAGUCGAUUCAGCUCAACCGCCGUGUCAAAGAUAAUCCCGAGGACGUGGACGCGUGGUUGGAGCUGGUGGAGCAUCAAGACGAAUUGCUGCGCGUCAGCACUGCAGAAGGCACGGCACCGGAUCACGAAUCCCACAGUUAUAGCGAGAUCAAAGUGUCAAUGCUAGAAAAGGCUCUGGCGAAUGCGCAGGACGCCUUUGAGCGGGAGCGCAUCCUCGUGCCGCUGAUGCGCGAGGGCGCCAAGGUCUGGAGCAGCAAGGUCGCAGCCAAGAAAUGGGCCGAGCUGGGCAGUCAAGCAGACUCGCUCGCCCUAUGGCGGAUGCGGCUCGAGUUUGCCAUGACGAGCGUCACCGAGUUUGAUUAUACCAGCGUGAAGACGAUGCUCGUCGAACGACUGCGCCAUCUUUCAAACCAGAAUAACAAGAGCAUGGAAGCCUAUCUCGAGAUGAUUGAGGUGUUGCUGCUAGCAACUAGAUUUGUGUACGAUGCUGGGUACAGGGAGCUCGCGGUCGCGACGUGGCAGGCCGUUUUGGAGCUUACCUUUUUCCGGCCAGACGCCGAUGCUGAGCAGGGUGUGGUGCCAGACUCAUUCCAGGCGUUUUGGGAGAGCGAAGUGCCGCGCGUCGGUGAAGUCGGCGCGUCUGGGUGGAAACACUACGUGGCCGCGAACGGAGAGGACGAGCCGCCGGAGCCGCGGCCGGCCCCGUCCUCGUCGGCGGCGCAGUCGAGGGACGAUGCGUUCAAGGUCUGGGCGCGGCUCGAGGCGGAGAGUGCAAAUGCGGCCAAGCUGCCCGCGAGGACAAUGGAUGAGGGCACAGAGGAUGAUCCGUUUCGGGUUGUGACGUACACUGACAUUGAGCCAUUCCUCUUCAUGGUCCCGCAGUCUUGUCUCUCAAGCGUAAGCGGCUCUCUUCUAGAUGCAUUUCUCAUAUUCUGCGGCUUGCCGCCUGCUUCAUCGAGUGAAUGGGCAAGAAGGUUGUAUAAGGACCAUUUUCUCGCUCCUAUAGGGAGCAACAUACCGAGCGUGAGCAUCGACGACGCAACACAUGAGUUGCACGAAGACGAGUCCGUUUCACGCCGCCCGCCGCUCUUUGAUCGGUCGCAUAGUGCCUUUGCUAUAUCGUCAAGGCUACUGUUUUCUGGAAAGGAGUGGUUUUCGUAUUUUCAGUCACAAUUACUAAACGCUGCGGUUGACGGUGGCUGGCUAGAGACUUUACUCGGCCAACUCAUUUUCUCUGCCGGGUGCAAAGACCUGUCAGAGUACUACUUGGCUAUAUCCUUUGCGCGGGACCCGUCAUCUGUCAAAAAGACUGCCAAGAAAUUACUAAAGCAAAGUCCCGACAGUGCGUCUCUUUAUAACGCCUAUGCUCUGGCAGAGCACGCGAGGGGGGCAACCGACGUGGCGGCAAAGGUCCUCGAAUCAUCACUCGCAUCUUCGAUGCUUUCCCAACACAGCAGUCGCCUUCGUUUACAUCAUACUGCAGCCUGGAUAGCAUUCGAAAAUGGAGAUAUCGCGGCCUCUAAAAGGGCCCUCUGCGCCGCCAGCAGUGCAGAGGUCUCUUUUGCCGACGUACUCAAAGCUAGAACCACGUUUUCAGACGGCAUGUCGGAGGCACUGUUUACGGGUGACGUUGAGUCGGCAGAGACAGCCGCCGAGUGUCUUGUUCUACACAGCUACCUGACCAAUGGUGAAGCCACGGAGCCCAUGUCGCUCUCGCAGGGCAACAUAGCAGCGGCUAUGCAGACGCUGGACUAUGCAAGACAAGAAAUCGCGGCACGCGGACACGGCACCAGCCCCUCCGGCGAGCGUCUCGUCCAGUUUGGUGCUCAUCUGCUAUACAUGCAUGCUACAAGAGGGCCGCACCGCAGAGUCUACAUUCGAGAUCAGGUCCGCAAGCACCUGCAGAGCUUUCCCUCCAACACCAUUCUGCUCUCGAUGCUUGAGUGGUCCGACGCCGGCCUCCGCAUCGUCGACGAGACGCGCCAGCUGCUGCGCGAUCAGGCGCCGCGGGCAGACAGCGUAGGCGCGCGCUUCUUUGCCGUGCAGCACGAGCUCGCGCGGGGCAACGCGCACACGGCGCAGGCGGCGUUUGAGCAGGCCGUCCGCAGCGACACCUGCCGGGCGAGCGCGACGCUCUGGGCGUGGUACGUCCGGUUCGCGCACGCGCAUAGGCGGCAGCUGCGGCGCGGAGGCAAGGGUGCGGUGGAUGUGCUGUACCGCGCGCUGCGCCACUGUCCCUGGGCGAAGUCGGUGUUUAUGGAGGCGUUUACGACGCUCACGGGGGAUCUGGCGUCGGACGAGCUGCGUUCUGUGUAUGGCAUGAUGACGGCAAAAGGACUGCGAGUGCACGUUGAGCUCGACGAGGUGAUGGCAAGUCGGGGCAGGAGCUGA